UUCGAUGCGAUUUGGCCCAUCAAGGAGAAAAAAGAUCCCAAGUUUGGAAGUAUUACGGCAACGAUCCCCGUCAGCAGUAACCAUUUAGCUAUAGGCUAUGAGAACGGAACCAUAUGCGUGAUACCGCUAUCGUUGGCGUUGUUGCAUCUGUCAGAUCUAUCGCAGUAUGUGGAGCAUCGUUCGAGCGUGCGUGUAUUUGAGCGAGCUCACAAGGGUCCAGUCACUUGCUUGAUUGUGCAUGAAUCACACCAACACCAGUACCUACUUUCGGGUGGCCGUGAUGGUGCUGUCAAGAUAUGGAAUCUCAUGUAA